AUGGGCCUAUCGACUCGAUGGCUUUUCCUUAUCUCACUCUUUGCACGGGUUACGGUGGCUGAGGAGCACAAUUUGACGGGGGCAUUGCCUAAUCUGCCGGAACUUGGAGGGCUUUUGGAAGAUGUUGGUGACGUAAACAAUGUUUUCCCGACUUCAAUGUCGAUGGAGAGCGCUGUCCCUCAUGGCGUAUGCGUAAACGCCAGCGAUCCCAGCGAACGACUCGAAUGUGAAAAGGCCUUCCAUAUGGGCAAAAAUUCACGGUUGGGCGACGAAACUGUGAAAAACGAGACGCAACACCUGAAGGUGAAGGGCCGACUAUCGGCUUCAAGCUUUCAACCAAUGGUUCUGGCCGAUUGCAUCGAUUAUCCAUGCAUUUCCAAGUAUCUAUUAGGAAAAAUCACUAAUGCUCCAUUCCUUUACAAUAAAAAGCGAUUUGGGAACGUGCCACGCAAGGAAUUUCGCGUGAUGAGCGACGCCGAGCGGAAACGCUUCUUCGACGCGUUGAACUUGCUCAAAAAGAAUGGAGUUUACGAUAGAUGGUCCGACAUCCACCAGCAAAUGUCAACGCGCGGGACGGCGCAUCAGGGCUCGAAUUUCUUGCCGUGGCAUCGUGAACAUUUGAAGCGCCCCCCCCUGCUAACAGCCCAGUACCACAACGCUUUUCGGCUGGAGUUAGAACUGCGCCGGAUUGAUGCCGACAUCUCGAUCCCGUUUUGGGAUUCAACCGUCGAUGCCAAGCUGCCAGUGCCGGCCGACUCGGUCAUGUGGAGCCCUGAACUGCUCGGAAACACGUUUGGCCCGAUCACGACGGGCGCGUUUGAAGGGUGGCAAAAUGAGGAGAAGAAGUCUGGCGUCAUUCGUGAAGUCGGCGUCUUCCCCAAUUCUCAUCCACUGACGAUUGCAGGCGUUCGGAGCGCUCUAUCAUUUUCGACGGUAGAUGACGUUCUGGCACAAUCGAAGAAGAUCUCCACGAAGGGCUGCGGUGAUAUCAACUACAACUGGCUCGACAUCCAGCAUAACCACGUUCACAAUUUUGUUGGCGGUGACAUGCGCUUCGUGCAAUGGUCAUCCCGCGAUCCGACCUUUCUGCUCCACCACGCUUUCAUCGAUUUCAUCUGGGAAGGAUGGCGGAUGUUGCAUCAAACAGAACAACAACGCGAUUCUGAAUAUCCCAACGACGCUUGUAUCAACAUCGCGAAUCGGGCAACGACUUUGAUGUACCCAUUCCGGUUACGGAACAUUGACGGGCUUUCAAACGCGUACACGCGGAAUUUGUAUCAUUACUGGCCCGCCCCUCGGUGCACCAAGGAGACGGCCGAUUGUGAGGGGAGCAGAUUCCUUUUCUGCGAUACCCGCGAUCCCAACGCUCCGCAAUGCGUCUCAAAAGUCCGUGUCGGCGGAAGUUGCGCCGGCUUCGAGCAAUCGGCGCCGAUGGACGUGUGCUACCGUGGCGUUUGCGUAGGGGGUAGAUGCGUCGAAAAGGAUUUAACCUCACCAACCGGUGGGAAACCCGUGGAAUAUCCGGCACAAAAUAAUGCAGUAGUGGAAGAACGUUGUCUGGACAGACAUCCUUGCUGCCAAUCUCGAGCCUCCCCACAGCUAUGUCGUGACAAUCCGGCCGUACGGCUGCUAUGCCCGGCCUCGUGUACUGUAUGCGUUCCCAAAUAUUAUUGGCCAACAUCGGAUUGCUCGGAUCGCCUGCGCAAUUGCUACGCCUUAUCCCAACGGGGUGCCUGCAAUGUGAAGGAAUAUAUCACGAAUUGCCGUGGGACCUGUGGCCAUUGUCAGGGAAGCUGUGAAGCGGGCGUCACUUCUUGGCAGCAAGACCUGGCAGCCGCUGCAGCCGCCAUAAAGAAUGCCGGC